UUGUGUUUCUGUUCGCGUGAAACAACGGAGAAUGUUUAUUAGUCAUUAUAUAUCUUAAUGUUUUCAAAUUAAAUGUAUAUUUGAUUUUAUAUAAGAGAACUUUUGAUAUUCUGGUCUUGUGUCUCAAGGUAAUAGAAGCAAAAAUGGUUAUGGACCAUUCCACACACUGUCCCGGUCUGUACUGUGGACGUAUUCGUAUAAAUGGAACGUUAAGUGAAUGUGGAGCUUGCCCACGCGGCUUCCGAGCUGCUGCAAAUUCAAUCUGUUUACAGUGUAAAGAUUUCCCUACUUUCUAUGAUUGGUUUUAUCUAGGUUUUAUGGCUCUGCUUUUAUUAGUGUUUGAAUGGUACAUUAUUGACCAGACUAUGAAAAGACGAAAUUUUGCCAAAGAUGUACUUUCGCUUCAUAUUAGUGCUUUCAUUGAAAAUGUUUUAUCUGCUGUAUCAACUUUAUUGCUUAGUGAGCCGAGAGGAAGUUUUGACAUUCAUGCUUGCAAAGUUAAAAGAUUAUCUGAUUGGUAUACUUUGUUGCAUAAUCCUACUCCUGGAUAUGUUAAAACAUUGCGUUGCACUCAAGAAGCAGUUUAUCCUUUAUAUUCUAUGAUUUUUAUACAUUAUGCACUUGCACUCUUAUUCAUGUUAUUAUUUCGACCACUAAUAGUCAGCAAAUAUUCUGGUGGGCGAGGUAAAAAAUCCAUUUACCUCACAAUGUAUCUUAUACCUGUUCUUGUGCUUUUACAAGCAACAUGUGGUGGUCUACUGUAUUACUCAUUUCCUUACAUUGUAAUAAUUCUUUCCUUCAUAUCUGUAGCUGCCCAUCUGGCCUUUAGACUAGAUCAAUCUAUGAAAUCUUUGUUCAUUACAUCUAUAAGAGAUAUUCGAAACUUGAUUAUUUUAUUAGGACAUUGGCUGUUACAUGCUUAUGGUAUUGUUGCUAUUACACAGUUAACAAAUCCAGUUCUGCAUGGAUCACUACUUGCACUUAUACCUUUUCCAACUGUUUUUUAUAUACUUACAUCAAAAUUUACAGAUCCUAGUAAGCUUCAUGCUGAAUGACAAACUGUAGAAGAUUGGGUUUAGCAGCCGAGAAGAACUCUUUCAUAUUCCAACGACAUAAUUAUUUGAAUAAGAAUAAUUUUAGUUUUAAAAAUAAUUACUUUAUGGAAAAAAUAGCAGAUUUUGAAUUUUUGAAAUAUGUUUUUAAAAAUGAAGUAAUUUUUAUAAAUAUUUCUUUGUUAAAGUGGCUACUGCAUAUUAAUUUUGGCAAUUAACUGUAGUGGGCAUUUUAAAUUAAUAAACUGUGAAUUAAAAAUGUAGCAGAUAAAUUUUACCAUUUUGGCAAACUGCAGUGAUUGCUUUAACUAGAAAGAAUCGUUUUAUAAUAUCAGUAAUACUUCAGUGAUUAUUCUGCCUUUUUUUAAUUCUUUAUGGAUUUUUUUAAACUAAUAGAAAAUGCUUUUUGAGUUUUACUAUUGAUCAUAAUUGUUCACAAGCAAAAUGUAUUCCAUCUUAAUGAAGAUUAAUAAUAAUAUAACAUAUACAAAGCAUUUUAAGUACUUACAUAUUUUUCUUUCAACUAUGAAAGUUGGAAAAGAUUCCACCAAAAUUGUGUGCCAACCAUCAACAAAUACAAGUUACUAAAAUGGAAUAUAAAACUUAAAUAUGAGAGCAAACUUUGAGAUUAUCUAGCAGAUAAACUUAUUAAAACUAAGAGCAAUUAUUUCUUCUCCCAAAAAUCUCCACUAGAGUUUAAGGUAGCGAAAAAAGAAUGUUGGUAAAAUCCUAGUAUACAAUACAGCCUUGGCACGAUUUUGAAAAUUGACACCAACACCAAAAUGACUAAUUUACUAAUCACCAUAAUGUCGCUAAAUCCUGUGUGUACCAUAUACUAGCAUUAAGCCAGAAUGUCACUCUCAUGAACUUGGAAUUGUGAGUUCACUUAAAUAUGAAUUUAACUGGUGAUUCUGCAUUGUCAUUUACUGUGCACUUUUUUCUGAUAUUUUUUCAGUAUUGUGAAUAUGUGUGGCAUAUAACUUUGAAAGUACUCUAGUGUUUGCUGUUCUGUAGAUGGCAGUUACCAAAUGUUAACUUUUUGCUAGAGAAAAACGGAGAACUUAUAUCCUUUUUUAUAAAAGCUAAGCUGGCUUAUCAAGAAUUAAUCCAAAUCACAUAAAACCAAAGCAAAGAUCUUAUGAUCUUAUUGGUGGUAAAUUGCAUUGUUUGGCAGCAUUCUAAAAAUAAUGAUGGCAAAAUAUGUAAGUAUUGCAUAUUACUUCAGCCAGAAAAUCUUUAAAAAAAAUCAAAAUAUUUUUUAUUUCAUAUUAAUAACUAUGUUUUGUUUCUAAACAAAAGGUAAUUUUAAAACAGGAUAACCUAUAAUUUAAGGAAAUGAAAGCUGUUCAGAUGGAGUGUAUUUAUUCAUAUUUUUAAUAUGUAUUAAAAAUGUUAAUUCAGUAGUUGUCAAUCUUGCAAUAUGCUAAUGGUGCAGCUUCAGAAGCCUACUUGGAUCUGUUGUUUUCACUUCUACUUGUCAAUAAAAUUCAUGACAGCAGCUUUUAAUAAGCCUUAUUAUAGUAAGGUUACUGCUUUAUUAGUCUCAUAAUCACACUACAAACAUAGGCAUAUAGGAAACAUAAAGCAUCAUGUUAGAACUCUCAAGCCAUAAAAAUUCUUAAACAGCCUUUUCUGGCUUACGUGAGCCAUAUAAGAGGAAACUGAACUCUGUGAAAGCAAAUGCAUACUAUUCUAUGCUAAUUUUUCAAUAUAAGUCUUGACGGCCAUAUUUGUUUAAUAUAACAGUAGCACUGAUCAUAAUGUGGGGGGGGGAAGGAAUGUUGGAUAAAGUUUCUAAGUCCUUCAGCAGUGAACAAUCAUAGAAAUCUUUUAUGUACAAUCAUAGAAAUUUUAGUGGAGGUACACAGAAUCAGUUAUCAUUCUUUCUAGUCACAUUUUAAUUAAAAAUGAAACUCUUUUCAUCUGGGAAGAACCAGACUAUAGUGUUUAAACAUGUCCAAUAAGCACUUCUGUAUAAUUAAAUAAUUGCUAUGGGUGUUAUUGUUCUUCUGUGUGUUUUAAUAUCUUCAUCAUAUAAGAUCUGAGGAUAAGGUUCUCAGGUGUCACAUCUCUGGUUAUGAAGUUUGCCUCUUGGAGAUUUGACUUAGUGGCUUAAUUGCUAUAUUUAGUUCUUGUCCACAGUAUUAUCAACAUGCCAGACAAACAUGACUAACUUGUUUAGAAUUAAUAUUUCUGUUCAUUCCUUUUUUUUUUUUUUUUAAUCUUUAUCAGA